CAUAGUACAGAUGACCAGAAUAAGACUGUAGACAUACUACAGGAGAUGACCAGAGACUGCGGACAUAGUACAGAGAUGACCAGCGAGACUGCGACAUAUAGUACAGGAGAUGACCAGAGAGACUGCGGACAUAGUACAGGAGAUGACCAGAGACUGCGGACAUAGUACAGGAGAUGACCAGAGACUGCGGACAUAGUACAGGAGAUGACCAGAGACUGCGGACAUAGUACAGGAGAUGACCAGAGACUGCAUACAUAGUACAG